CGGGCAACAACAAUGAUAUCGAGGGUGAUAUGAGAUCAUCCACGUUGUUGCGAUUGGUACAAUCUUAUGGGAAAAUAAAGCAGCAGUGGCGUCUCCUUUUCAAGCGAAGACAAUCAUUCUGACUAAAUGUCGCGGAAGGUGCUCUAUUUUGUUCUUUAUUUUGAACCGGCGAUGGCAGCGUUAGGAGGCGGGAGACGCUUGUUAGAUUUGAAACUUGUCAUUUAGCCAUGUUGGGUUUUGUUAUUUGGGUGUGUCGCAUGCCAUGAGCAAUCAAUAUCUGCAGAAACUGAGGAGAGCUCGUUUUAAUUGCGAAGAGGAGCGAUAUAAGAAAGUAAUUAAAACACUGACUGGAGAGAAAGGAACGCCUUUUAACCCAUUGUGCUGGAAUUCAUUAAGAACCACAGCUUGCGCAAUGGAAAAGCACAGUGAAGAUGGCAUAAGUACCAUGGAUGACCAAGAUGAAUCCAAUUGGUCAGAGACGGUCAAGAAUGGUGACUCUCCACAGCUGGACAGUCAGCACAGCAUGGCAAGCAACAUAUCACCAGCUUCCCCAGACGAACUGUCAGAGGUUGGGUGUCGUGUUCGGCUGUACUCUGAGUCCCAGGUGUACACGGUCAGCCGCUGGCAGGACAAUGAGGAUGGGCUUUUAGCGGAGGACGGUGGAGCAGGGGAUGGAGCUCCAUUCCGAGGCCGAUCCCAGUCGGCUCCUGCUGCACUGUGGAAAGCCAAGAAAUAUGGGCGGCAGCUGAGGAGGAUGAGUGAUGAAUUUGACACCUGGCUGGAUAAAGGGGACACAAGAAGAGCGAGCAGCCCUGGGAAGCAGACGAACCGAGGAUGGUUCUCUUUUCUCUGGGGUUCCAAAGAAGAAGAAGGAAGAGAAUAAAAGCGUCACACCACACAGACGAGACAGUAAACAGAGAGAACGAUGAAGUAACGGCAAGAUGGAGGCUGGUCAUGUUUGUCACCAGUAUGGCCUUAACUUAAAGGUUGCUUAACCAAACUAGCCCUUAGAAAUAGAAAAAAAAUGCUUAUAAAUGGGCACAAUGGACAAGGUGCUACACCUCUUUUCACAACUGCAAUAACUCAUAUAAACCAUCAUUUUUAGAGUUACUUCAAUUUGACAAUCUUAAGUGACAAUCUCUCAUAUUCGUGGACAACAUUGGACAAUCUCAAAUUCACAGAUUCUAAAUAAAACCCCUAUUUUACGGAUUACUUACUACACUGUACCUUUUAAAUGAUUUAUUUGGUAAGACGUGAUAUAUUGUUUUAUGAUGUCCUUUACAAAUUUAUAUAUAGAUGUCGCUCUUAAAAUAUUUGUGUAUUAUUAAAGGUUAAAGAAACUUUGUUGACAAAAUGUACAUAAUUUUUGAGCAUCCCAAAACUAGGUGAAGCAGCCUGUGAAUGAAGUAAUGAGUAGUGGUGGUUAACAAUGAUGCGGGUAUUGUUCUCAUUCAGUGAGGUCCGUCUCAGGGUUUUCUUUUAUUUAUUUAUUUAUUUAUUUAUUUAAACUGGUGAUGUUGCAAAUGCUCACUCAUGCUGAACGUAUUUUCAUAAGACAUCAACAGGAGCCCUGGGUGAAAACUAUGUGUUUAUGAUAGGUCAUGCUCUUAGUUUUGUAUUCCACCCCUCCUUCAUGUAUAUAUUGCCUGAUAGUGGAGCUGUAUGUUGUCCUCAGCCUUUUAUACACACAGUUCUCGCCUUUAGCAGUCUGGUUAAAUUGCCUUGUAUGCAAAAGAAAAGAAAGUUCCUGCCAACCUUGUGGUUAAGCAAAUCGCUGCAAAUGGACAACAUAAAUGCCGUAAUCUUACAGCUGUCAGGCAUUUUGCUAAUAACUUACUUGAAAUGUGUUUAUAUGAGUAUUUGUUUUUUUCAUAUGCUCUUUGUAUAUAUUUAUACUUCUUUACAUAUAUUGUGAAUUGGAUGAAAUGUUUGUAAAAUACUUUGUUGAAUCCUCAUUAUUUCUGGUCAACAAUAAAUCGAAAAAGAUUU